CUGUGACCGGCGCCGGCUGCCUGCCCCUGACACCAAGUCUACAGAGCCUCGGUGGAAUAAAGAUCUUCAAACUAAAAUGGCCGCCGAGGGAGGAACCUCUGAGGAGAGGAUUUCCGAAUUUGAUGAUGAUUUGGCCUCUGAGUUCUCUGCUCUUCUUGGCGUGGAUGCCCUUCGGGUCUUAAAGAGACAACAAGAAGAAGAGCACCAAGAGCGAAUGAAGAUGAGGAAAGGCUUUAACCCUCACAUGCGCAGCGAAGCCAAACGAUUAAAGACCUUUGUGACCUACGACACAUUCAGAUCAUGGACGCCACAGGAGAUGGCAGCCGCUGGGUUUUACCUCACUGGGGUGAAACUUGGGGUUCAGUGCUUCUGCUGUAGCUUAAUCCUCUUCUGCACGAGACUCAGGAAUCUCCCCAUAGAAAGCCACAGGCGAUUGCGUCCCGAAUGUGAGUUCCUUUUGGGCAAAGACGUUGGUAACAUUGGCAAGUAUGAGGUAAGGGUGAAGACUCCGGAGAAGCUGAGAGGUGACAGAGCAAGGUACCGAGAAGAGGAGGCCAGACUGGAGUCCUUUGAGAACUGGCCGUUUUAUGCCCACGGGACAUCGCCACGUGUCCUCUCAGCAGCUGGCUUUGUGUUUACAGGCAGGUAACUGGGUUCCAUCUUAUG